AUGGAGCAAGACGAACGGCAGAGAAAACUGGAGGCCGGAAGAGCCAAGCUUGCACACUUUAGACAGCGGCGGGCAAAAAGUGACGGUGCAACGGCGUUGAAAAAGACUGUAAAAAAAAAGGGCCAGACUGUUCAGACGAAGGAUUGGUCAGCGCAAAAUCCUAUCAUAGGGGAGUCCCAAAAUGACAUCCAUCUACAGAACAACAUGGAAAAUGUUGAGGAGUCAUUGCAGCUUGCUGAUGCUGCUGAUUUGGCAGCUUGUGAUGUUUCAGAGGUGAUGGACAUAACAGAUGCACAGGGUUGUAGCACUGUUCUUGAGGACACAGCUUUAUCAGAACAGCCUGCUGACACAAUUGACCUUCUUGGGGAAAUGGUUGUUACACACACUGGCACAGAACAACUAAAGCAGUUACAGGCUGCAGUGGAAAAGCGGAAUGAAAUCAUCUCGCAGCUCAGUAACAACCUGCAGGUGGCACUGAUGAGUAGAGACGAGGUGCAGUUGGAAGCCCAGCAGCUAACUGGCCAGAUGCAGGAGAUGCAGCAGCAACUACAGCAGGCCAAAGAGUAUUUGCGAAGUAAGACUCUGGGCUGGCUGGAUUUAUCUUAUGUCCAGCAUACCCAGCAGCAACUACAUGUCGAGUUCUCUCAGCAGAUAUUUAAUGAUCAACAAUUCAGUCAGAAUCAGAAAGAGAUCACUGCUCUCCAACAGAAGUUCCACAGCACCUUUAAAGCUAACAGCACUGAGCAGGAUGGGACCAACCUGCAGCACCAUAAAAACCUUCCAGGGAAUGAUACUUCUCCAGAGAGCAGCUUUAAUUCAGACAGUGCUAAUCUGAUACAAAGAUUAAAAUCUGAGCUGGAUGAAGAACGACAGAAAAGCAAGCAAGCGCUGGACCAUUCUGAGAGCCUGCUGAAACUGGUGGAAAGCCUUGAAAGUCAGAAGGUUGACAUAGAAGCUCAACUCAUGGUGGCUCAGGCUGCUCUUGAGAGAGCUGAGAGUCAGGCUCGUGAGGCACAGCAGUACAAGGCAGAAAAAGAGCAACUCGACCAGGAUGUGGCUCGACUUGAUGGGCUGGUCAAGGAGCUUCAAAACAAGCUUCAAGAAGAAGAGGAAACCGUAGAGCACCUUCGCCUCAAGUACGAGGCUGAAAUCGGCAACUAUGAACUGCGUCUUCAGACCCUGGAGGAAGAGAGAGGGAUGAACAUUGCCCAGUUGACUGAAGCUCAUGAGGCUGCGCUUAAACGUCUGCAGGAAGAGCAUUCUGAGGAGGUCGGCCGUAUUCAGGAGCUGCUAGAAAAAGCACAACAGCAAAACCACUCCUUCAGUGAGCACAGUGUAUCCCAGGAGCUUGGUUUAGGUCUGAACUGGGUGAAAACUUCUGGAGAAAAUCACAACCAGGAGAUGGCAAAUGACAGUGCUGCUCAAGCUGAGCUUAGCAUGGAUGCAUCUGUUUUAGAAGACCAGAAUGACCUAAUGGAGAAAUAUUUGGCAUCAGCAGUGCAACAUGAAAGCUCAGGGCUAGAAAAAAGUCUAGAGGAGCGAAGCCUCUUGGAAAAAUCUGCUAGCUCUGUAUUUGAUUUGGACAGUGAGGUUAAGUUUGCCGAAUCUAGAUUUUCCAUUCACACUGACUCGAACAACACAGACCUGGGGUUAUCUGAGGAUCAACCAUCUGAGCUAGACGUAAUGUACUUUGCCCAAGCUAAGUGGCAGAGCUUUAAUUCUACCUCAAAUGAGCUCCACGAAAGUGUGGACGCCAUCGAUUUGGGCAAUGAUUUAGUGCAGCAGUGCAAAGUCCUGGCAGAGCAGCUGGAAGGGGAUGAGAAAAGUCUUCUGGUCCAGCAGUGUGCCGAUCUAACUGAGCAACUAGAAGAGAAGGAAAAACAGCUGACUGUUUACCAAGAAGAGGUCCGAAGCUCUGCUGAGGAGUUAAAGGAGGUACGCGAGCGUUGGCGUAAGGCUUCAGAGGAGGUUGAGAAAGCAAAGUGGGAGCUAGAGAUGGAACGAGAAAAAAGGCUUCACUUUGAAGAGCUCAUCUCUGAGAAAAUGCAUGAGCAGGAUAACCUUAAAAACAAACUUGGCUACCUAGAGAGUCAGCUCGAGCAUGCGCAGAUAACGCCUAACAAUGAAGUACCUGUCAAAACGAGCUCUAGUCCCUCGUCCACAGAAGAACUUCUUAAGGACCUGAAUGAGGAGAAGCUAAAACUUGUGCUGCAACUUAAACAGCAAGAGCAGCUGGUCAGGGACAUCCAAGAGCAGAAAGUUGCAGGCGACUCGGUCAGCAGCGAAGUCCAGGCGUUAUUUGGCAAGCAGCUUUCCUCACUGCAGGCCCAGAGGGACCAACUCAUGGCUCAGCUUGAGAUCCAGCGAGAAAAGAACCAAACUGCAAAUGUGAUGCUGGGACAAAGGACUCUUGAGGUCGACUCAGCCAAUGAGGAAAUCCAGAAGCUCUGUGCAGAGAUGAAGGACUGUACAGAGAAUCUGCAGAAGUUGGAGAACAUCAAAGCGAACCUGGAGUCUGAGUUGACAUGUCUAAAACAGAACCUGAGUAACCUGGAGGAGGCCUUGAGUCAGAGAACUGUGGAGAAAGCUGGCCUGGAGGAGCGUAUUCAGGCACUAGAUAAGCAGACCAAGAGCAUGGAGAAGAUUCUGGAAGCUGAACUUGAGGAUUUUGAGCUUCAGUUUGAAGCAAAGGAUGUAGACCUCGAACAGAUGAAGGAAGCCAAAGAGAAGGCAGAGGAAGAGCACAUGGAGAAGGAGGGUGCUUUGCAGAAGGAGUUGACUGAGCUCAGACUGUCUCUCGAGGAACAUGUUAAAAAUCAGGAGAAGGAGAAAAGACUACUUGAGGAAAAGCAUCUAAAAGAGAUUCAAGACUGGAGUACACGCUUGGAAACGGAACUCUCUGUUUUACGGUCCAGCCUGGAAGAAGAGCAGAAGAAACAGAUCAGCGUGAUUAAACAGGUGCAUGAGCGAGAGCAUCACAGGGAGCUGGGCCAGGUGGCAGCACAACAUACAGAAGCUCUUGAGCAGUUAAAGGCUGAGCUAUCUGAGGAGCUGAGAGACAGCAUGGAGGCAGCACACCAGGCUGAGCUGUCACAGGCACAGACACACAAAGCUUUGGAGCUGGAGGCUCUCCGUUUGAGCCUGACCAACCUGCACACGGCACAGUUGGAGCUGACCGAGACCAACCUGCAGAAGGAGAAAGAGGCAGCACUGAGUGAGCUCCAGGCCAAUCUGAGGGAGAAAUGGGCCCAGGAGAGUGCCAUGCUCCAGACCCGCCAGCAGUUUGAGCUGGAGAAGAUCCGGGAGCAGAGCCGAGAGCAGGAGAGACGAGCCCAGCUCCAGCACCAACAGGAGAUCAAUGAUCUGAAGUGUGAGUGGGAGAAGCGAAUCUUGGAGCAACAGCAGUCUAGUAAAGUGGAGGUAAAAUUUUCUGUGUAUCAAUUUCUACACAUUUAUUCUCUGCUCUUUUAUGUUCUGACUUGUAAUACUCUAUUAAAUAUACUUUUCCAGGAGCUUAAAGCAGCUCUUAACAAAGCUGAGAAACAUUUGGCUGAAACCCAGCACAGACUUGAUGAACUACAGUGUUCUAAAGAGACUGACAUCAAGCAUCUGGAGGAGGAACUAAGCCAAGCUUGGGCUGACCGAGACUCUGCUGCACGUGCUGUUGAAGAGCUGGCUGCCAAACACAAGGUGGUGCUACAGGAUCAACAAGCUCAUGUCCAAAAUCUGGAAAUGAAAGAGAAGCAGCUCCAGCAAGAGGUGGAUCGACUCCUCACAGAACAAGAGGCACAGAAGGCCAGUGCUGAGCAGGAGAUUGCUAACCUCUGGUCUCAGUUGGAGAGCGUGAGGACCAGUAGAAAAGAACUGGGAGAGCUGAAGGAGCAAUUGCUGGCACGCUCGUCAUGUGUUGAUGACAUUGAGCAGCUAAAGCAAGAGUUCUCACAACAAAGACGAGAGCUUCAAAAACAGAAUGAGGUAGAGCUGGAGAACCUGCGCACAUACUUCGAACAGCGUCUGCGUGUUACAGAGGAAAACUACCGGGAAGAGAUCGCCCUGCUGCAGCUGCGUCUUGUGGAAGGAGCCCUGGAGGAGUCUGUCCUAAGGACUGGGGAGUCCAGUUUUCUCUUGGAAGAGAACGUUCAAGAGGAGAGAAGUGAUGCAUUAGCUGAAAUCACAGAGCAGCUGGAGAAACAUAAGGUGGAGCUGGAUUCCCUACGGCUGCAGUUGGAGGAGAAGCAUAAGAUGGAACUGGAGCAGCUACGCUGUAACAUGGCUCUAUCCUACAAAGAAGAGUUACUACAGGCCCGCACUGAGCUUACUGACCGUUACUACAGUGACAUCGAGCAGCUCAAGAACAAGCAUGCUUUGGAGAUUGAAAAGCUGCGAGCCAAACUCUCAGACAGCCAUCUCAAAGACAUAACUAAGUUGCGGCUGCAGUCGGCAGCAGAGGUGGCACGUCAGGUAGAGGCUGAGCUAGAAGAGAGGGUACGGAUCCAGAAUCGGGAGCACCAAAUCCAACUAGCUCAACUCUCCUCUGAGGCAGAAAACAUACUGACCAUGGAGAAACAGCUAGCAGAGCUCACCCUCCAGCAUGCACAGGAACUGGGAAGAGCCACUGAGCAGCAUGCAAAAGAGCUCAGAGAGCUGGAGGACAGGCUACAGAAGAACUUUACAGAGGAACUGUGUGUGAGUCUUGAUAAGGUGCAAAAGGAGGAGAGGAAACGCAUGAGUGAGGAACUCUCCCAGCACAACCUUGAGGAGCAGAGCAAGCUCAGGGAGCAGCUUCAGGCUGAAUCUGACCAGUGCAUGGUUUCCCUAAGAAAAGAGCUCCAACAAGCUGCCAUGGAGGAGAGAAAGGAACUGGACCAACAGCUUGCACAAGCUCAGGAGCUUCUUGUUGAGGAAAGACGGAGACUGGAAGCCCUACAGACUAGUCUGAACAGUGAGGAGAGCCCUCAGGUGGUAGCGAUGAAGCUUAAACUGGAAGCCCAGUAUGAGAGCGAGCUGCGCACAGCUAAGAGCACUAUGGCAGCUGAGGUGAAGGAACUGAAUGCUUUGCUGCAGCAGCAGACUGAGACCAGGCUACAGGAGGCUCUGUCCAGGCAUCAAGAGGAACAAAGACAGUUGACGGAGAGACUUGCCCUGCAGAGGGAUGCUGAUCUUACAGAACAAAGGCAUCAACAUGCUCAGGAACUGCAGUCCCAGAGAGUUCUCAUGGAACAGCACAUUUUCAAACUACAAGAUCUUGAAAAAGAGCACCAGGAACUUAAAACCAGACAUCAGGAAGAGCUCACCUCGCUCUCUGCUGAUCACAAAAAAGCCCUGCACUCCCUGGAAACUAAGCUGUCUGAGAAACAUAGAACAGAGCUUGACAAACUGCAGAUGAUCCUCGAGGAGACCAAUUUGGCACAGCUUGAAGCUCAGGAGGCUGAACUUGUGACUCGGCACAAACAGGAACUGGAUGAGCUGGAGACCAGGAUGUUGAGCAACAUGGACACUCUGGAGACCACCUACCUGAAGGAAAUCCAGGCUGUGCGAGAGGAGAAGGAGGAAAUGCUACAGCAGCUCAAGUCCUCGCUGGAGAGACAGCAUGCCAAACGGAUUGAGAGAGUGAGGGAGGAGGAGCUGUCAGUCAGGGACCAGCUGAGGAGGGAACUGGCUCAGGUUCACAUGGAUAAGUUCACUGCUAUGGCGACGGAGCUCAGACAAGCCCAUCAGGAGGAAUUGUCUGCGGCCCUUACCUCUCAGAAGGCGGCUUUGGAGACAGGACACCGCUCUGUGUUGGAAACCUUACGACAGCACGUGUUGGAACUAGAAAAGCAGCACAGUGCUGCCCUGCAGGAGGUUACAGACAUGACCACCCUGGAGAAACAGCAGUCCCAGCAAGAACUAGACAUGCUGAUGAGCCAGCACCAGCAACAACUCCAGGAACUGAAAGCAGCCUCUGCCAGGGAGAUGGAGGCUUUGCAGAGGGAACUGGAGGAAAAGUCGUCACAACAAUGUCUCCACUUCCUGAAGGAGGCGGAGCUUUUUAAGAGUAAAUCAGAGGAACAGCUGCAGCAAAAGAUUGCUCAGAUAAAGGAGGACUGUGAGCGAGAGAAGGCCGCUGCUCUAGAAGAGCUAAAGAACAGGCUUAGAGAGGAACACCAGCAGAAUGAGCUUUGCUACAAAGACAAGAUGAACCAGCUUACAUCACAGCUUCAACAGCUCGACACGGUAGUCUCACAGCUGCGUGCAGAGCUGACCGGCUUGCAGGGGGAGCUGGAGGGAAAACGCUCGGAAAUGGAGACGCUGGAGACUUUGCUGCAGCGACGGGAGCGGGAGAGCCAGGAGGGAGCCAACCUUCUCGCUAUGCUGCGUGAUGACCUUAAUACAGCUACACAACAGAGACACAACCUACAGUUGGCCCAUGAGAAUCUUCAGCAAGUCCUGCUUGAGAUGCUGCGGAUUACACUUGCAACAGAGGAGCAGAUCAGUCACAGGCUGGAAGUUUGUGUCUAUGGAAAUUGUGCUGAAGUCGGCACAUCCAACAGGACACCCAGGGACGGCCAUCUCCAAGAAUCAGCAGAGGCAGAUAGUGACGCUGUAGGAGAUGGAGGAAACUGUAGUAUUUUCUCUUCUGUGACUGAUGAGGGUUUGGAGCUGUCUCAGCGGCUGUGCGAGAGCUUGUUUUCUGGGCCAGAAGGAGAGUUGGGCUCUGAGAGAGAGGAGCUUGUGCUGGGGGCCUGCACUCGCCUCCGCACCGCUGUGGACAAACUGCUGGAACUGGUCUCAGAGUCGACAGUACAGCUGAAGCAGCUCCAAGCUUUACAGGCUGCACUAGAUGAACAGUUUAGUGAAAGCGGUGAGGGCAGAAACAAUCUGCUGUUGCAGCACACUCGGCUUCUAGAGCAACUGGACCAGGAGUCUAGUCUCAAGGGUCAGUUACAGCUUGAGCUGCACAAGGCUGAAGGUCUGGUUGAGGGUUAUGUAGCAGAGAAGGCAGCUCUGGAGGAAGCACUGCAGCAGAAGGAAGUGCGUGAGCAGAAGCUGGUUGAAGAGCUGGAGCGCACUCGGACUCAGCUGCAUGAGCUUGGGGAGGAGCACACACUCCUGUUGCGACAGAAAGAUGCCCUUUCUGCCAGCCUUGGUGAACCUGAAAAGGCCCUACUGGCCGAGACGGAACGGUUGGGGCAGGAGCGUGUGGAUAUACAGCGGCAGUCGGAGAAGGACCGCGUUGGGCUGGUGGCUCGGUUGCGUUCGCUGGAGGUGACGCUGGAGGAGCAGGAGGCGCGUGUGCAGCAGCAGGAGGAGCAGCAUCGCACUCAAACUGAAGACCUGCAGCAGCACAUUGAUGCUUUAGAGAAACAGCUCAAACAUCACCGGCAGUUCAUAGAUGAGCAAGCUGUGGAGCGGGAGCAUGAGAGAGAUGAGUUUCAGCAAGAGAUUAAGAACCUGGAAUCUCAGCUCAGAAUGCCUUCUAAAGGACAUGCAGGAGGUGGCUGCAAGGGACAAAGGGUGGAAAGUCUCCAGGCUCUGAUUAAAGACAAGACCGAGGACUACAGUGCCUUGCUUUCUGCCAAAGCGGAGUUGCAACAGGACCUGGAGGAUCGCAAUGAGGAGAUUGAGAAGAUGGCGUGUCGUAUCCGUGAUUUAGAACAAGCUCUCCUGAGCAGUGUCGAGGCCGGAAGGGCAGUUACACAGCUGGAACAGGAGCUGCAGAAAGGCCGCAAGAGCCUGCUGGACAUGUCUCAGGAUAAGGAAGCCUUACAGCAGCAACUCUACUCUAAUAAGCUCCAGAUCUCAGCUCUGCAGUCCAAGCUGGAUGAGACAAGGCAUCGUGUUCCUGACCCCACUGCUAAUCCGGAUCCUAGGGAACAACUGGAGGUUCUCAAACAGGACUUACAGAGUAAAGAGGAGCAGGUGGAGGUGUUGCUGGAGCGAGUGGAGGUGCUAGAAAAAGCUUUGGAGGUAAAGGGCGAGGAUAUCCGGCACCUCACUCUGCAGCUGGAGUUAAAAACCCAAGAAAGCAGAGCCAAAGAGGAGCAGCUUGAGCUGCACAUUUCAGAACUACAGGAGACAGUGAGCACACUUCGCAGACAGCAGCAGGUGGAAGGAACCGACUCUGAACUGCAACUUCCUGCAGCUCUGCUAGAGGAGAAGAACCUGGAGAUAGACCAUCUCAACCAGCAGAUUCUCCACCUGCAGCAGGAGCUUGAUACUACCAAUGAGAACAAGACCACGGAGGAGAAGCAGUCUGAGAUUGAAGAGCUACGUGCUCAGGUUGAGCACCUCCGUGGUGACCAGGAGCGUCUGAGGCAAGACAAGGAGGAAGAGACCGAACAGCUGCAUGAGGUAAUUAACAAGCUGCAAGAAGAGCUGAGCCAGCUCGACCCCAACCGACACGAAAUCAGCGACCCUAACACGGACAGCCCAGAGUCUUCAGACUUUCCCUGGUCCCCUCGGCCACAGCUAGGCACAGAGGAAAGCCUGUGCCAUGAGCUCAGCAGCCAGACACUCCAGAGCUGUCGCACCAAAAUCUCUGAGCUGCGGGUGGAGCUAGAGCACUCGACAGAGGAGAAGGAGGCACUGCAGAGGCUACUCCAUUCCCAGGAGGAGCAGUACGGACAGCAGGUGGAGGCGCUGGGUCGCAGCCUGGGCGAGGACAGAGGCAAGUUGGUGCUGUUAGAGCAGGAAGCAGGUGAGCUAAAGAUCCAGCUUGCUGAAAAGGAAGCCCAAGUGGAAAAACUACACGACCGCAUCCACAAGCUGGAGGAUGGUGAGAGGAACCUUAAAGACCUGGAGCUCCAGUUUAAGAGAGUCAAUGAGAAGAGGAAAGAGGCGAAAGGGGAGCUUGCACAGUUGAGCGAGGAGGUGCGGAGACAGAAAGAAGAACGAGAGAGGCUGGAGGCACAGGUCCAGGUCUUGGAGACUGGAAAAGAAGAGCUGUAUACAGAGAAACAGGCCCUGCAAAGGCAUGAGGUAACACUCCAGGAAGAAAUAGAGAGGCUAAAACAGGAACUGACAUCAAGGAGCAUUCAGAUCCGGGAACUUAACAUGCAGCUAGAGGAGAGGCAGACUGACCAAGAGGAGGCGCAAAAAGAAGUUUUGACAUGUGCAGAGGAGACCUUGGCCAAGGCAGAGGCAGCUUUGCGAGAGAGAGAGGAACAGUUGGCUAAUCUAAGGGCAGAGCAUGAUUUGCUCAGAGCCGAGCUAGCUUCAGUAAAAGAGGGGCUGAGCAGCAGUACAGAGAGAGCCGAUAAGCUACGGGAGGAGGGCCAGUCUAAGGAUCGUGCCCUGGCUGACCUAGAGGAACAUAACCAGCGUCUUCGUGCGGAGUUGCGGAGCUUGCAGGACGAUCUUGAAGUGCAAGAAGAAGAGCUGGCAUACCAGCAAAAAGAACUAGAGGAGCUGCGCCAGCGCUACAGCCAUCAGGAACUUGUGGAGACCCGCGGCUCUAAGCGCGAGCAGCGCUUCCUAGACGGCCUGUCUCCUGACACCUCCCUGUCUUCCCCUGAGGUUCUGAGACGUCUCGACUGCAGCGAGGGGCCACAUUCUCACCUCCAUGCAUCUCACUUGUCGGAGCUGAGCGGCCUUCGCAACACCAGCCUGGAACUGACUAGCAGGCAUUCACCAGUGGAGAGGAUUGAGAGAAACCAGCAUAAGCGGCCUCUCAUGCUACCUUCAGAGACAGAUGCACCCAGCACACGCUCGCCCUCCGCUUCUCCACGCUCGCCCUCCGCUUCUCCACGCUCACUCUCCAUCUCUGAGAACUUGUCAGUGCUUGACUCAUUGGAUACUGAUAAGGUGCAAGAGCUGGAGAAUAUGGAAGAUGUGACGUCUCACUCUCCUCUUGGCUCUACCUCCCCUGUCUCUGUACCAGAAUGGGCCAGUGAUGGAUAUGGCAGCAAUGGAAGUUCAGAACUGGAGGCUAAACUGAGGCAAGAGCUGGAGCAUACAGAACGACUUGAUGCUCACUUUGUGGAGUAUCUGCGAGGCAGAGGAAUGGCACCUGCUCCACCCUCUGACAGUGCGGCGGGCAGCCUGCAAUACAACGAACUGCUGUCACCAGAGUUACAGACCAUGCUGAACCGGGUGUACCAGGAGAGCUGCAGGGUGCUGUCCCUGUCCCGUCGUCCAAUGCCGGCUGGGCAGUCCCACUCAGAUUUGGAGCUGGCACCACCUCCUUCCUGGCAGAGGGAGAGACGGGCCUUGCAGGAGACUGUGUUGUCACUUAGGGAGCUUCUAUGCAGAAUGGCUGAGCGGGAGCCCAAGACGGAUGGUGAUGUAGACUGGAGAGGGGAGCUGUUGCAGGCAGUUCGGAGUGUAUUUGACAGUGAGAGGGAAUGGCUUCAUGCACAGCUUCAGAACGUUAUGGAAACUGCUGCUCCCCUAGACUAUGCUUCCCUGCUGGAGCAAAUCGAGAAGCUGCUUCAAAAACAGGAGGAACAGCAGAGACGGUUUCUGGAGCAGUUGCUAAGUGCAGACCGGAACAGUCUACUGGCUGAAAUUCGCAGUCUGCAUGCGCAGCUGCAUUCAUGCACUCUGCAGAGCCAGGAACAGCUACGCGAGCUGCAGACGACCUUGCAUACAGUGCGAGAGCACGGUGUUCUGGUGCAACAGCAGCUGCGCAAACAAGCCGAUGAUGUGGAGAGGCAGUUGCAAGAGGAAAAAACUACCUCACAAAACCUUCGACGAAGCCUAGAGCAGGAGCAAACCAGACUCGGUGAGCAGCAUCUUCAAUUAACAGCGGAGCAGAAGGUGGUGUCUGUGCUGAAGGCAGAGCUAGAGAGCCGCACACUCCAAAUGCAUUCGGCCAGCAAAAGCCAAGAGGAGCUCCAGAGCCAGAUCCAUAAUUUACGAUUGAGGCUUGAGAGUGAGGAACAGGAACGGCAGACUUGUGUGGAGGCUGUGGAGAGAGAGCGGGUCAGAGUGAAGCAGCUGCAGGAGGAACUUCAUCAUGAGAGACUCAGUAGCCUCCAUAAAAAAGAGGAGAGCGCACAAGCUCAUGAGUCUCUGCGCGUCACCCUGAACGAGCAGGCUUCCCGUCUGAAUGAAAUGAAUUCUGCCUUGGAGCAGGAGCGUGUGCUCGUCAGUAACCUGCGUGCUGAACUGCAGAUCGAGCAGUCUCGCUGUGAAGCCCUUUUGGCACAAGAGCAUGAGCGCACCGAGUUGGCCCUGGCACGCCUGGACGAAGAGCGCUCUCGCACAGCUGGCCUCUCACGCACCCUCUCGCAACAGGCUCAGGAGCACGCUCGUCGUCUAGAAAAAGAGGCUCGUUCUCAGGAGACUACGAAUGCCCACGACAGAAAAUUCAUCCAGGAACUGCAGGCUCAGCUGGAUCAGGAGCGGCGACAGGCUGAAGAACUUGCAGCCACAGUGGAGCGACUGCAGACCCAAGUGCUUGAGGGCAAACGCAGACAGGAAAAGGAGGUGCAGGAUGAGAUUAAGAGGCUUCACGCUGCCCUGGAAGCCCUGCAGGCGCAGCGGGUGGAAGUAAGCCGCAAUCUGGAGGCGGAAAGACAGAGAGCAUCUCUGCUUCAGACAGAGUUGGAUGCUAUGAAGGGGAAGAUGACUGAAGUAAAGGAAAGGGAGAGAAUGAGAGAGGAGCAGAGGGAGAAGCAGAGAUGGCGAGAGAAACAGGAGCAGGAGGACAAGGAGCGGCGGCAGGAGCGCACCAAAGAGAAAUUGUUGGAGCUGGAGGCACUGCGUGAGCGAGAUCAGCAGCGUCUUAAACAGCUACAGCAGACUCUGGCCGAUCUGGAGCAUCAGGAGAAGCAGCUGACCUCAGAACGCCUGCACAGAGAAUUGCAUACGACGGACAGCACAAUUAUCAGUCACACACAGGGCUCGCCUUCCUCCUCGUUGCUGGAUCGUGUGCUAAAGGAGAACUCUGAGCUGGCAGAGCGUCUUGCAGCUCUGAGUGAAGAGAAGAUCUCUCUCAAACACACACUGUCCUGUCUGGAGAGAGACCUGCACAACCUAAAACACACUAAACAGGAGAGAUCUUCUGUGCAGCUGGACCAAUCUACAUUAGCAGAGAAGCUAGCCUGGCAAAGGGAAAAAGCUACUCUGCAAUCUGCUCUACACAAGGCUCAGGAUGAGCUAACAAAAGCCACAUCCAGAAAUGAAAACCGACCCCUCACUGAUCUGUCCAACAAUAAGCUGCAGAGGCUCUAUGAGAGGUACCUGAGGGCGGAGAGCUACAGAAAGUCAUUGGUGUAUCAGAAACGCUACUUGUUGCUACUGCUUGGAGGCUUCCAGGACUGUGAGCAGGCCACGUUAGCUCUAAUAGCCCGAAUGGGAGCACACCCAUCACUUGGCCAGACACAAGCCUCCAGACCAAUUAACCGCUUCAGAAGUGCUGUUAGAGUGGUCAUAGCCAUCUCCAGACUGAAGUUCCUCACAAGGAAAUGGCAGAGAGCUACUAGGAAAAACUCUCUAGGAAGUGGCAUGAUUAACAGUGCAGCUUUGAGGACAGAGGUUCUAAAACCACAGCAGUCUGGAGCUUCAUUCAACUCUCCGCCCACCCGUGACCUCAUUCUCUCACAGCGUAGUGUGGUCUCGUCUCUGAUUCCAGCUGCCAAAUCACCAUUUAGACUGCAUAACCGAAGCUACCCCAGCAGUGUCCCGACUCUGUCUGAACACACUCCGACCCCCUCCCAGGACCAGGAACGCUCCCUUGCUGACUACAUUCAUCACUUAGAAGCUGUUCAGCAGCGCCUUGGAGCUAUUCGGCCAGGAUCCCCUUCAGUAUUCUCAUAUCCCAGAAAAUCAGACCGAUGACUGAGUGCUGAGCCAUUUAUUUAUCACCAGUUUGUAUGUUCGAUAUACUGAAUAUUUUAUGACAUUAUUUUAAUGUACCUUUUUUUUUAUUCAUUUUUGUUCACCUAAUUAUUGUAAACACCAAUACCCACAUGAAGUCCCAGCUACUAUUUUUCUACAUUUGAAGUGUUUCGUACUCCAGAUGCUCUGUAAAUACACUCACGGUUGGGAGAUAUGUGUAGCAUCCCUGUUUUAUGUUUGCACAGACUGGCUUUGUUUUGUAAACUUUUUAAUGUUUUUUAUUAACUGCACCAUUUCUAUGUAAUCUAAUAAAUAUUUUAAUAUUUCAAA